AAACGCGGUACACGCACCGCUCUCGCCGUCGCGCCAUCCACCGCCUCCUCCCGCACCGCUAUCCAUGGACGGCGGGCGGUGGAAUGGCGACGACGCGUCCCGCGUUCGUUUACGAGAGCGCCGAGAGAUCACGUACGCGGGCAAGGAUAAGCCAGGAUCCCUUCCUUCGCCGCCGAGUUCCGUGCACGUGAGAUCGUGCCUCCUUCGGCGGCAAAGCGCGCCUCAAUCGUGCGUCCCGCACCUGCUGCUUCAGCAGCCGUCACCGGUCGUGCCCACCAGCUCCCUGUGUCGCUCUUCGCUGAAGCUUCUGGGCGGGACCAGCUGCAACCGGCUCCUAGCCCCACCGCAACACUACCCCUUUCGGUUUUAGUGUUUUCUGCGUUCUUCACCCCUCGCUCACCCGCCUCCCGUCCGAACGAGUAUACAGCGUCGAGGUUUUGUUUUUUCGGAAGGGCGCUCCUCUCGCGUGUGUGUGGCGACCGGGCUGGAAGCGGAAUCGGCCACGGGUGGAUCGGAGCCACCUGGACAUUGGAGGCGUUGAUGCGACGCAACUGCGUCGUCCCGAAGGCUGCUGCGAAGGCUCUGGAGUUGGACACGCGUCAAGGGACGAGUUUGAAGACGAAUCGGCGGACGGGACGUCGGGGCUACCGGAUUGCGUGGUAAACGAAGGCUGUCGCCCGGGCGGUUUUGCAUCGAUGUUGGGAUACGUGUAUGUGGACGCCGACAGCUGUGCGCGUAACAAGUUUGUGAGCCUCCGGGACUUUGCCGUUUCUCUGGUCGGAUGACUGAUUUAGAGCAAGCGGCUGACAGGAAUUUUCAACGUCGGAUGUGAGCGGGAACUUGAAGACUAGUGUUUGUUUUGACGCUUCAGAUCGAUCGAUCUGUCCUGGGCUGUUUGGACCUCGGCGUUGCGCACCUGUGACCUUCGAGAAGUGCGGCGGUCUUAAGUGAUCCCAGUUGAAGAGAUCAGUGUCGUCUUGAAGAGUAUUGCGCGCUUCCCGAGCUCACGUGACGGAAGACGUCGUUUCUUCUGCGCUUCGGAUUUCAUGGUGAACUGUAUCGACAUUUACCGGCAAAACGGACCGACACGGGUUUUCGACGCAGUGGCGAUUUUCGCAUCGGCAAGGUUCGAGAGAAGGAGUUGCUCACCAAGGCUACGAAAAAGGCCUGCGUCUUCGUUGAGACCGAGCUGGAGGACGUGAAAACUUUGUGUCGUGUAUCUUCCGGAACUGCCGAGACUUGGUCCUAUCCCCGUGAACCUUCUCCCUUGUGAGACAUCUCAAGAACACGAACGCCGCCCAUUCUUGGACGGGCAAGCCAAAUUUGUAGGAGUCAACCUUUGUCGUGCCAACAUCCUCGCAUCUUAGCAGCGUCAUUGGGAUGCAAUGUGCCGUGUGGCUCCACCUUGGCAAGCUGGAAUAUAGAAGCUCGAGAUUUGAACGCGUGAAUGGAUUUUCCUAGCGCCGAAGGUAUUGCAGCGCCCAUGGCGUGAACGGACUAGACGACGGGUGUGUGGUUAUCUUUCAGUUAGGCCCCCGGUAUAACGAAGCUUGGAAAGAGCGGCUGUGUCCGAGCAAGAUUGCCAGUCUGCAGAAGUGAACGUGCACCGACUUGACUUGCUCUGACGGCCACCCUGCGAAGCUUCACAGGACUUUGGCUGAACGUCUUCUAUAAUGACAGGUGUAUAACAACAGGUAGAAAAAGAAGACCGAAAAUAUUAUCGCGUGGCCAUCGGUGAAGGUAGCCGAGAAGCUGUGCUUUGCCACAUUGCGCCGCACAUACAAGACAGCUGUUCAGGUAGUGACCAUUGGCGAGAUCUCUAGCGGUCCCGUUUCCUUUUCUCCAAAGGCGAGAUACGUGAGAUUCUAGCACUGUACGGGGACGGUACCUUUUGUUGGCGUCUGAUGCAAGCUGAAAGGAAGACUGAAUAGAGAAGUGACGGAUGAAAAAAAAAAAAAAUGAAUGAAACUUUGAGCUGCAUGAAACGCCUCUCCUGGCAUCUCGGGACGGCUUUUGCCACGCGAGUGUUGUGAUAAACCCGUUGGGCCACACAAAGCGUGUUUACUUAUCUCAUUGACCCGCACAUUCCAGUGUUUUCGCUUGCCUUAUCGGCCACGUCACCUUGCGACAUCAGUCUCACGUCAGGUCCCUGUCUAUCCCGUCUGUUUUGCGAACGUCGAAUCCCUCCCGCGUUGGCCAAUUGUAUCAAUUACAGCUGUCGGAUAGUUUUUUGGCCGACACCCACCAGCAAGAAAAACACGCGUGACCUCACCUCAUAGCGAGUGAGAGCGCAGUCGCGCGCAUUCCAUCCGAGGCCGGAGCAGCCGUUCGUCUUGUUCAUGUACAUACACAGGUACUGCGAUCACGUCGCACGCUGAAAAGAGCGCAAGAGUGCGCGCGACAUUCCGGUAUGUUCAGCCAACGCCUGGGCGCGCCUCUCGAGAGCUUGUAAACUUCUUUCUCGCGCGAGAUCGCGCAUUUCGCAAGGACGCCUCCCGCGUGUGCCUGUUCGGGUACCUCGCGUACACAGGCGGAAGCACACCCCGUGGGCCACCUCUACGACGGUGUCGGCAGGCCUCCGCGACAUCCCUUCGCUUACGCAACGUACGUCGAUCUGUCUUCGUCGACGUAGCGUCGCUCGAGAGAUCGCAGUCUCUCGCGCAUCGGUCCUCGAAGCGGUGUACCAGGACUCGAUUGACAAGUCUCGCGAUUCGGAGAGUGAAGCCGUGUGACUCAGCCGUGUGUUUGUGUGUGGCGUGUUGUUUGUUUCGUUUUAUUAGCUUUCAAACGUAGCGUCAAGUCCAGUUUCACUGUGUGGCUGCGAUCGUCACCUUGACGUCGUGAUCGUGAUUGGAUCUGGAUGGCCUUUGGCGUUUACGGUGGACGUGCAGGUUCGUGCCGUAGGGUCUGCUGUGUGGUUGUGGAAAGGCCUUCCCAUUAAUCCUUUCUGCGUGGAGUUACUGCGGCCCACUUAGGAAUUCCGUUCGACUGAAGGAGUCAAACCAACACAAGCCGUCGAUCUCUGGAAUGUGUUUUUGAAGACCAGGAAUGCUGAAGGCAGGUGCGCGUUCUGCCUCUGGUGUGUUGCUGCGUUUGAGAAGUGAGGAACUUUGUGACCAGCGCGCAGAGAAGUCCUGCAGAAUGCGGGAGAACGUUCUUAACCAAUAGAAUCUGCGGGAUUACGUCAUGUGACUGUUAUCGGAGAGCCUUUCUGUCACUGCACGGAUACCGCUGUGAUCUGUAACCGACAGUACAUGUGCGUGAUUGAUGUCGGAACUCCUCGCGGUUAUCGAAGCAUUUACGGCGUUGAAGAACAGCGCGUCCAAAUGUUGUUGGACCCCUUUCCACUACGCAACCCCAAAAAUCGAGAUUAUUUCAAGCCGAUCAUGAUGUCCACGUUCGGACUCUAAGCUCCGCGAUCUCUUUCCCACGGUAGACGCGCGAGAAGAAUUCCGAGCCAAUGUCAGUCGAGAUGUUGACGAGCGGCCUCGAAGACUUGGAGUGGGCGCGGGCCGCCGAACCCGAUGGUCCGUUCGCGCCGUACUUCCUGCCACUGGAACGACGCAGCCAAAGCUUCGUGGAUCUGUGCGGCGCCACCAGUCAGGGCGUGCUGUGCUAUCCCAGCGUACGACAGCAGCGUAGCCGAGACGAUGCCGACAGCGUGUCGCGCAGCGGCGUCCACGUCUCUCGGCGGCGUUCCACCGCCGGCGUGUUCCGGCGAGGACUCAAGGCGCUCCGGCGAAGCUUCAGCGCCGAGAACGGAUCGAAGCUGGGCAUGGCACCUUUGUCAAGACCCCAGAGCCAUCCGGGCACUCCCUGUCGGCAUGCCCACGACGCCACUGCCCCCCGGACUGCCACCUGCCGGCAACCGGGGCGUGUGCUACAUCGGCGCGGCCGGUUCGCUGGACGACACUGGCGUGACCAGCAGCGGCAACCCCGGACGGGAUAGCCCGAGCGGAGGCAGCGUCGAGUCUCGACACAGCAGCUCCAGCCUUGACUCCGGCCGGGGGUCUUCGUCCAGUUCGUCCGCCGAUUCCAAGGUGGCGCACCGGCUGUCGACGGGCAGCCAUGGCUCGUCGAGCAGCCUGACGCUGACGAGCAGCGUGGGGAGCCACAUGAGUAGCCUCACCCCGGAGGUGGUCGUGCUCUCGCCCCUCAACGUGGCCGGACUACUCGUCAACGGAGUCUCGAUGGCACCUUUGUCAAGACCCCAGAGCCAUCCGGGCACUCCUGUCGGCAUGCCCACGACGCCACUGCCCCCCGGACUGCCACCUGCCGGCAACCGGGGCGUGUGCUACAUCGGCGCGGCCGGUUCGCUGGACGACACUGGCGUGACCAGCAGCGGCAACCCCGGACGGGAUAGCCCGAGCGGAGGCAGCGUCGAGUCUCGACACAGCAGCUCCAGCCUUGACUCCGGCCGGGGGUCUUCGUCCAGUUCGUCCGCCGAUUCCAAGGUGGCGCACCGGCUGUCGACGGGCAGCCACGGCUCGUCGAGCAGCCUGACGCUGACGAGCAGCGUGGGGAGCCACAUGAGUAGCCUCACCCCGGAGGUGGUCGUACUCUCGCCCCUCAACGUGGCCGGACUACUCGUCAACGGAGUCUCGGACACUGAGGUGCUUACGACGUGGCUGAAGAACCUUCACUUCGAAGAGUACACGCACCUGUUCCUUCAGGCAGGCUACGACAUGCCUACCAUAUCACGGAUGACCCCAGAGGACCUGACAGCCAUUGGCAUCACAAAGCCAGCGCAUCGGCGGAAGCUCAAGUCUGAGAUCAGCAACCUCAAUAUUUCAGAUGGGAUUCCAGACUACAAACCGGACAAUCUUCUCACGUGGCUGAAACUCCUGAGGCUUGAGCAGUACUACGGUUCGCUGUGUCAGCAGGGCUACGCCACCGUCGACAGGGUGGCUGAUCUCACCUGGGAAGACCUUGAGGACAUUGGUAUUCAAAAGCUAGGUCAUCAGAAGAAGCUGAUGCUAGCCAUCAAGAAGGUGCGCGACCUCAACAGCGGUUCGCGGCAGGCAAUGCAUUAUGGGGACGCACGGCACUCGAGCGUCGACAUGGGCCAGCUGCUGGCAGCCAGGCCCGGCUCACACGUUCCGGUACCGAUGGGCCACCCGUACCAGGCCGUGCCAAGCGUGAAUCAGCCGCCGUGCGAGAUCGCGCCCCCGCAUGCCAACGCGGUGCCGCCGCUGCGGUCGGACACGGACCCGAGCACGCCUCAGCUGAGGACGUUCAGGCAGCAGUCGCCUCCGCGGAUGGGCGGCAACUUCUACCGCGCGGGCAGCGGGGACAGCCUCAUUCUGCAGCAACAGCACUUCAGCGGGCCCUCCUUCCACCAGCCGCCCAUGCAGGGAGCUGACCUGUACCAGCACGACUUCGUGUCGAUGCAGGUUCGUUCGCCCAAUCGGGGCCGUUCCCUCGAAAGUUUAGAGGACGGUGGCCCCGCGUACCAGAGUCACUCGUCAGCACCAUAUCAGCCGCAGUACCAGGGGUACCACCACAACCCGCCGCCUUACCAUGCCCCUCAGUCAGACUGGUACCAUAUGGUCAGCAGUUGGCGGCAGCACGGCUACGACACUGACUCCGAAGUGGUCCGACAGGUGUCUCAUGGCUACGACUACGGCUACGAACCGGAUGGAACAGCCACCCUGCACCGGCCACGAGGACUAGUGAAACCCCGGCCGGUGGCCAAGGUGGCAGCGAGGGCGCUGCUGGACAGCCCCGAACUGGACUAUGAUCCCAAGGACCUUGACCCCAAGCUGUCCUCUGAUUGGCCGGACACAGGUGGUGGGGCCAAACGCAGCCCUGCCCCGACUCCACCCAAGCGUACCAACUCCAUCCGGAGGCAGCAGGAAGCCAACAUAGCUGAGACGGCAUUUGCCACCUGCGUACAGAGCCUCACGUCCAGGUUCACCAUGGCGACAACGCGUGACGAACCGCCACUCCCUCCACCACCCCCGCCAGCAACGUCAGCGAGCAGUGUGACGGACGAGGCUCUGCAGGCGCCACUGCCGCCCCCACCGGCCAUGUCGACCCCCAACUCUGCCUCCUCGUCGGACGGCGAGCUCUCGCCCAGCGGCACCCUGGUCCGCCGGAAGGACUCCAACGGGUCCAGCGUCUCGUCGGAGUCCCUCCCGUUCGCCUGCGAGAACGUGGGCACCAUCAAGCAGAGGCCAGGAGAAGGUGUGCCUCCGCCCUUGCCCCAGCACGGCACGUCUUCUGCGCCUGCCGGUCUGUCUCCCACUUCCGGUACAGAGGAUGGACUGGACAAACCGCCUCAUCGCACCAGCCCACCGACGACGACAACGGACGUCCGGAGUCCCCCCGAAGAAGUUCCUGUUAGAGAUGUGCCCAGGAGCUCGCCCCCAUCAUCACGCGAAAAAGCUACAGCACAAAAACCCACCGUCCCCCCUCGCCCCGUAGACAAACUGUCCCUGACGGCGGGCGGUCGCCUGAUGGCGCCAGCACCGUCGUCAUCCUCUUCGGGAGACGUGAUUCACGACAUUGAGCACAUGCUGGCCAGCUUGACCGACCAGUUGGAUGCAAUGCUGGAGAGCGAACUCAACCCCUGAGCUUUCUUCCCUCUUCUCUCGCACUUGAUUUCUGCUCUUUUCAUUUUUUUGAACGUUUUUCUGCCGCACACUGCUUGCACGUUCCACUUUUUGCCUUUCCCUUCCUGGUGGCACUGCAUUCUUGAUUGGUCACUCGCAGUUGCACUUCUAAUUUUGUGUGAUGUAACAAUUGACGCUAUCAAUUUUUGCACAAUGUGCAUUUGCUGAAAUUCUAUCAGUCCUGCUCUCAAUUCUGGUAAUGCAGAACUUGAUGACUUUGCAGUUGAAGGAAAUGCAGACACUGCUUAACCACAAGGGUCAUCACUUGGCGAUGUACUUAUUGCUGGCAUUUCUGAUUCCACCCAAACGCACCAAUCGAUGAAUUCCCUUGCUACAUAUCAUUAUUAUUAUUAUUCAUUCUUUUUGUGCUUUUGUUAGCCAGUUUGCAAGUGAUCAAUCGAGAAUAGACCACACCCGGUCUGGCCUUUGAGUUUCACUACAAUGCUUUCAGCUUGAUUGCAUUAUGCCAGGCAUUCUUUUUCUUCUCUUCCUUUCAUUUUCUCUGUUUUUUUUUGUUUUUGUUUUGUAUGCUGUUCGCCCAUCUUGUCAUUGAAGCUGUCGUCUUCUCCGACAGCUCUCUUCAUAUCUGACUAGGCUUGCCCCUGCUUUUCAAUCGCACACAUCCCACCCAUUGGUCACUCCUUUACUUCUACUGCAUACGCUUUCUCACAACCGACGUCACAUACUCUGGUUCUUUCCGUUGUCCUGGGUUUUGUGAGCAGCCUGCAUCUAACGGAACGUGGCGACGCCCACUCUCCUGGCCACCGGUGUGUCCUGGUCGGCAAGGAUACGGAAAAAAAAAAAACGACGUCGGCCCCGACGAUAGCUGGACUACAAACGGUCAAGCAAACCAGCUGUGAACGCGAACUGCGCAUUCUCUUCCGACCUCCGCGUAGAUUGUCACUGUUCCCCAACUCCUCUUCCGCAACACUUCCACCCUCCUCCCCCGUUGACUGCCAAAGUGCACAAAAUGUGUCCGUGAUGUUGACGAACAGACUCCUCCGCCGUGAUGCGCUGUGUCAACUCUUCCGCACUUGCAACAUGCCACAUCGUAGCAGUGGAUCUCUCCCCGGUGCAACAGCUGGUGACAAUGGAAGCACUCCGUGUCAUCUUCCUGGAAGAGUGACUUUGUUGUCAGUAGGACUUUUAAAGCACCUGUGCCUGAAUCGACCGUGGCAUUGUGUGACGCCCGUUGUGCGAAUCUUGUGUUCGCUCUGUUGUUUUGCUCGUGAGGCCCAAUAUUGGGGAGGCUUUUAUUGUGUAAGCAUCUGUGCUAGAAACUAGCUGCAUUGCGCGGACCCGCGUUGUUCUGAAUGAUUCGCACGUGUCUCCUCGGAGCAAGAUUCGUUGCUCGUGCUGACUGGUGGUGCUCGGUUUUGAAUGCUGUAAUCAUUUGCACUCGCUGCGUUUAUGUGCUUGGCACUUGAUUUUCUGGCACUAUGAAUUUAAUUGUAAAGUUGUAAGUAAAUUGUGGGAAGCACACACAAAAGAAAGUUUGGGUCUGGAAUAUGUUUUAAUGCAUUGUGACGUAAGCUCAAGCACAUAUCUGAGCUUUAAAUGGGUGUGUGUGAGUGGCAUGACCCACGUAAUGUGAAUCAUUGCUUGAGCUGUUCUUUUAUAGAUCUUUUAAAGACCAUGUUAGAUUUGGUCAAUGGGCACCGCUGCAUUCAAGAUUACUGGGACGCUAACAUAAACAUUGCCUCGUUGUUUUUAGCGGUGGUGCUAUGUUAAUGCACUUGUUCAUCAGAUGUGUCGGUGCAACACUCUUGCUGUUCUAAGAUUGGCCUUUACACUGUGCAUUGGUCAGGAUCGUCACAAAGCUUCCACGUUAACAGCUCGCUUGCAGACUUGCAAGAGUUGUUGUAAAAGUAUGGUAAAGCAAGUUUGUACAUGUUAUGCACAAUUGCACUCUUUUCUUUGAGAAAGUUCCGUUACACUCUUAAGUGCAGUAGCGGAAAGAAAAUUACAUAAAUUAAAAAGUCUGAUGGUGAGCUAUUGUAGCAGCUUGCCAGCAAGAUGCUAGAAUGUUCACAGUGUAAAGUCCGUGUCAACCAAUUCGUUCGGGCAUGUCCAGAAUCACACACUAGCUACAAGGCUUGACGACGCACACAUAUUCUACAGAGUAAGUGGUCAAGCUACUGCCAAGAGGGCUCGGCGAAUCGUCUGUACGCAAUAUAAAUCCCGCCUACGUCUUUUCCGGCCUCUAUCUCUCUCUGUGAAGGUGGAAAGUAGACACGAUUGCCGUCACGCUGCUUCAUGGUGUGAAUGUUCUGUCUGUUAGCAACAUCAGAGCAGCGUGACGUUUUGGCAGUUUGUAGCAGACGCCGUACAGUCUCGUGUACAUACGCCCUAGGAGAGGCGCUGCCUAUAAUAACCACAGUCCCCCCGAAUCAAAGUUUCGAAGGGCCCGCUGCGGCCGCUCGAGAGAAAGUACAAGUUCCUUUUCUGUUCUCUUGAUGCCCCCGUCCCUCGGGUCUGAACGGUUGCAGCCGUGGGGAUGAUGGUGUAGUGAUGGUGAUGCCGUUUUGAACGCACGGCAGGUGAUUGCUGUGGUGUGUCUAGGAGCAGUCAUGUUGUGCAGAUUACUUGUGGACUCUAAUUGGCUUGCAUUGUCAAAAGGUUGUCUUAUGAGUUGGAGCCGGACGUUGCUGCUUCAUAAUCUCGUCAAAAGUUUGCGGGCCGUGGAAUCACAGAAAAAGUUCAAUUUCCACGAAGCUUUGACACUUACUCUAGAAUUCAUGAUUACAGCCUGCGAUAAUAUGUCUGACAAGCGUACUGGUCUUCUAUCAAGCUGUGUGAUCAAACUGUACGGAAAUUUAGCUUUUCUUGUGGAACCGGCAUUGUGCAAACUUUUCGACGUUAGCCAUGCCUUAUUCUCACCGCUUAGUUGUACUCACUUGUGUUCAGUACGUCAUGCAAACCAAUAUGUUUGUUUACCGAGCACCGCUAAUAGUAGAUUCUUGUUUUAAUGAAGUCAUAUCUGACGUGAACAUACCUUCCUUAUUUGUUAUAAGCAUAUGUAUUUUCAUUACACGCUGAUAUUGCCAAAAGAAAUUUGAGAUCUGCUUCAUUAUAUAUCUAGUAAUUUGUUAUAUUUAUGUUAUAUCGAGGUUAGACUGUACUGUUUUUCUUGAAGGUUCGAGUACAGAAGAUAUUUACGUACUUAUUUCGUUAAUCUUGCAAGGAAGAAAAUACGGCCGGUUAUCCCAUUUUGUGCCAGUGAUGGCUUGGAGAUAAUUGCUAUAUCAGGUAGGAUUACUUCACAGGCGUAGACCUCUUCUAAGCUUGUACUGAAUCCGCAACAUGCAUAAUUUGGGGUCUAGGUUCCGAGGCUUCUGCGGCAAAACUGCUGUUUUUAAUUUUGUCCCGCUCUCAAAUGACUGGAAUUAAGUUUCCACUGCCUGUUUGUUGUGGCUCUGGGAAAGCAACAUGUUACUAAAUGCUCCAAGAAUGUAAUUGUUUUGAUGGAUGUUAACAGAACGGGAAGUACUGUAUUUUUCAAUCUGUAGUGAGUACCUGCCAUCAUAGUCUACGAUGCUGAAUUUUAGUGCAAGGAAAAAAGAAAACCAAAAAAAACUUCAGUCUGUGGCAGUGAUAAUAUGCGACUUAGGCAACUUUUUACUAUAUCAAGGCAACUUUCUACUAAUAACAAGAAUCUGAGGACAACUUUAAAAGUAACCACACAAACGCUAAAAUUGGUUGGUGACUGGUUAGUAUCGAUACGUGAUGUUGCCUAUCGCUGCGACAUCGGGGUGCUGAAGAAGUUUACACAUAAUGAAGUGUAGUGGCUGAGUCGCCACCAUGCGUAAUCUGCACAGCCGCUGUUGUCUACGAUGCUCCACAGCAAUUCUGCUGCAAGUACCCUUGGUAUCCUUCGUCUGCUACGGAAAUGUCUUUACUUACGAAGUCGAUGGUUGUUUUGCCAUGUCUUUUUUGUUGCUGCCUUUUGUUCCACAGCUGGUCAGUGGAAAAUGAAGAAAAAAAAAACAAAAAGGUCGAGAGGGUUGGCAUCUUGAUGUGGUGCGAGAUGCUUAUAUACAGUACUUGGGGCCGUCAAACUUUGGCGCUCGCUUGCAUUUCGAGUUUGUUUUUGCUUCAUGCCACAGUGUUUUCUUUUUUUUUUGUCAGGUGGUAAACGCGUGACAGUAUCCAUUAUUUUCAGAAUGAGUGUGGUGUUAUGCCUGUGUGUCAACUCGUUGUCGCUUUGGUGAUGUUUGUUCCGGAUGCGGCCUUUUUCUUCAUCCAUGCUUUUGUCAUAUGAACAAAAAUGUUCACACGAGAUGUGCAUAUAGUUUUAGUCCGUUAAAUUUCCUCGCGUGGCUGCGGUUGCCCCUAAACUUCCAAGGCAGUGCAGAAUGAAUGGUACAGUGUUGAGUUAUCACACUCACUUUUUUUGUGUGCUUGUUUGUUUGCUCGUCGGACAUACAUGCUCGAUUUAGCUUAUUCUGUAUCUAUUUUGUGAGCUGGUUGUGUACAUGUCAUGUUCACCUGCGAAACAUGCUGUGAACAUUACAUGAUCGAUGCAUGUCCUGUAAGCAGGUGCUGUUCUAUAACUAUGAUGUCUUCUUCUUUCUCUUUCUUUUUUUUCAUUUUGAAGCAGGUCAAGCAUUCUGAGGGUGAUAGUUCCUUUUGAGACCGAAAUUGUGCUGGGCAGAUUGUUGCCUGCAGCAACCGAAACCUGCUUGCGUAAACCGAGUGCUUUGUUUCUGAAAGUACCGCAAUGUAGUUGUUAAAUAUUUCAGCCUCAAGACACAUUUGUUCAUACACCUGGUCUUGGUUUGGAUAGAAAUGCCUUAUUUGUUAAAAAUUUCGUUUCAUGUCUGCUGUUAAAAUUGAUUGACAUUCAGCCAGUAAGCGGCAGAACUGCAGCUGUCGGUACUUUGAUCGGCAAAGUGUUGCGAUGACUAGUUUUUCACUGGGCCUGGAGUUGUCAUCAAAGUGGGUAGGCGGUUUUUCUACAUUCUUGUUAAUCCACGAGUGGCCGUGCAACCACCCUUUGCUGAAGACACCAUUUUCCUAGUGAUAGCACAGGAGUUGCGAGUUUGAACAUGCACAUCGUAGAGGAAAGAAAAAAAAAAAAAAAAAAACUUGCACAACCACUACAACACUUGCAUUCGUUUCAUUGAUUGAACUGGCUUUUAUAAAUCUUAAUCAGUCCCAUUUUCCUCGACGGUACCCCUGUUUCAAGGUUCUGGAAGGCAAUAUAUAGUAGUAGAUAGAUUCCGUUUGUCCGCAGCAGCUGACAAUCUAGCAUUCAUCGUAUUUGAAGGCUAAAAUCCCCCUGAAAGAAAUGAAAAAAAAAACAACAACACCAAGGAUGCUGGUUUUAGAGCACACUUUUAUAAACAUUUAUUGUGCAUGAAUGCCACUGAAACAAAAAAAAAAUUAUUGAAUACCAUCCAAUUCUACUGAGUUCUCGUUCAAAUUGCAUACUUCAAAUACCUGGUGUCUGAGACUUCCUAGCAGGCGGGACUGUCUAUUUCAAAUUAACAUAUCUGAUUGCAGAUAGCGAUAGGUUCCAUAGUAACUGUUUUGAUGUGCUAAAGCAGUUGCAUGAGAAGAUUAGAUAUUGAUGUUUUAGGGACAGUAUGUGGCACACAUCGUACUGAAUUGCUGCAGUGUACAGUGCAACAUUUUACACUUUAUUCCGUUAGCCUUGGAAGCUGAAGGCAAGUUAAAACAUAUCGCCUUCUUCAAAGUCUGUGGGACAUACUUUGUAGCUUUUUUUUGUUUUCGUUUUUAUACGUAGACUCGUGUCUAGCCUACUUAGUGACUAGGACACUGUGACGAACAUAGGUGUGUCUCAUUUUAAAACCAGCAUCGUCGUUCCUCUCAUGAGAGAUAGUCAUAGCCAGCAGAGUUUUUCAAAUCAUAGUGCCAAAAGAUAACCACCCCCACUAAUUGCAGAAAAAAAAAUGUCAUUUGGGAAUUGUGGCUCUACAUUUUGUUCACUCAUGAGAAUCAUUUCACCUGAACACUCUUCUCUGCAUGCUUGCGUCAUUCAUUGAGCUGAUGACGUGUUCGUGUUUGAACCACGCUCACCCUUGGACUGCGAGCAUGGCAAGAAAAAAAUGUUGAAGCAAGUUCGGUGUUGUUUUGUGGUCGUAGACUAAAAAGGGUGUAGAGGAAACGAGGAGGAAGCUGAAAAAGAUGUUUUUUUCUCCACUCUGCAGCGGUUAGAUAAUCGAUGUGUCAUAGACUAUUAACUAUUUUUAGAGAACUCGGAGCCACAGAGGGUUGAUGAUGCUGGCCCGAGCUAAGAGAGCAUAGUGUCUUGUCUCGAUGCCUCAAGUGUUCUGUUUUUUUCACCUGUGUCCUUUACUGGCGAUUUCUUUCUCCCCCUUUUGAAAAUAAAAGCAGAGUUCUGAGGACAGAAAGAAACCCA